GCUGUCCGAUAGACCCCGGCAAAAUGCAUCUGAUAUCGAUAAGCGAUAGGCCGCGCACUCAAGAAAUUUAAUUUACUUAAAAUAAACAUCAACGAAUCACAAAGCUUGGCGUCGCAAUGAAUGGAAUGAACUAUUUUCCGAACUACUACUCCAUCGAGGACAUAUUCGUGACCCAGGAGAAGGUUGAAUGCCGGGUGAACACCAAGCUGCAGCGGAUGGGAUUCCUGGACUCCGGUGCGGAAUCAGAUGACCUGGAGCCCGGCAGGACGGUCAAUCUGCCGCUGUGGUACAUCAAGGAGCUAAAGGUAAACAAUGCCUACUUCACCGUCGCCGUGCCGGAUAUCUAUCGCAAUGUGCACAAGGCCGUUUGCGAGGCGGAGACCACCCACAUCGAGCUGGGACGCCUGCACCCGUACUUCUACGAGUUCGGUCGCUACCUGACGCCCUACGAUCGCAACCACGUCAUUGGGCGCAUCAUUUUCGAAACGCUGCGCCAAAGGGUACGCCACCUCCUGGACAUCUCAAAGAGCGACGGACAGGCGGCCAAGGCGGAGCACCGGCUGGACAACAUCGAGGCCAAGCUGCACGAGGCUGGAGUGCGCACCAACUGUCAGUACAUCGAAUGGCUGCAGAUGACGGGCAACAAGAUUCGUACCUCGGAGCUGGUGGAGGAGCACCAAAAGAAGCGGCGACGAGCGGAUCGCAGCGAUGACGAGGGCGAUGCUCUGCCCAGCAGCAAGCGGGCCACCUUGUGAUCCAGCGCCAGCAAUCCACCAGCAGAGUAAACAAGUCCAGAGCCACUGAUGUACUGUGGAACUGUAGCAACUUUAUUUCGUCCAUUCAUUCGGUGGCCAUGGGGCAGCCUGACCUCUCAAAAAUACACUUCAUCUACUCUA